UUCAAACAUGGCGGUCGCGGGAACCUUUGUAGCUACAUUUCCUUCAAAUAUUACUGCCUGCAACGCGGUUGCGUGGUCAGACGACAACAGAUUGGCCAUUGCAACGGACGGGGGAUUGUUUUUAUUGGAACUUUCUAUCAGGCCCUCCCAUGUAGAUGGAGCUUGCCAUUUCCUUCACUCCAAUAUCCCCCCUUCCAAAGAGGAUGCUGUCAGCUUUGUGCCUUUUGAUUUUGAGAAGUUUUCCAAAUCUUUGGAAACAGAGGAAAUCCAUCAGCUGAUGCUUGACCGGACACUAUGUCCAAGGACAGGUUGUCAGACGUCCAGCAAGGGCUACAAGGUGGUGUCCUGGUCACCCGCAGGAGGGGACAUAGCUGGCAGGUGUGUGUUGGCGAGUGUGUCACAUGACCACCAGGUGUGUAUCCACACCACAUCAGAUACCAAGAAGACGUGGAAAAAGGUAGCGGAUCUGUCACAAAUGUAUGCCUCCAACAAUCCACUUCCUGGUGACCUCACCUUCAGUGCACUCCGGGGACAGACAUACAAGUUGGCAGCUAUGGAACUCUCUUGGUCUGACUGCUACCAAGGCAGCCAGGGUGAAGGCCCCUACUCCCUGCUGGCCGUCUGCAUGAAGAAUGGAGACGUUGUGUUGUGGAAGGUUCACCUGCCCUGUCUGCACCCUGAAGACUGUCGUGUUGUGAAAGUUCUCUCCCUUCACACCAGCAUCCCGACCUCCGUGUCCUGGUGUCGGCAGCUGGGACAGGACAAGCGAGCUGUUUUGGCAGUUGGUUACAACAGUGGAGUGAUCCACCUGAUGGACGUGACUCUCGGUGGGGACGAGGUGUCCGUCAGACCGGCAUGCCUCUACGGGGAGAAGGAUGAUCUUCGAAUCUCCUGCAUGUGCUGGAAGAAACUGAAGGAUUGUUAUCUACUGAUAUCCAGCAAGGAACAAUAUUUAUUGACUCACAGUGUUAAAGUAGACAACAAACUGAGUUUCUCCCAGAAGGCCACAGUAACAGGAAGUCACUGGAUGGCCGGCACCGGUUUAGCCAGUCACGACAGUAUUACUGUCCUCGGUUCAGCGGACGGAGUUGUACAAAAGGUGACGGUCACCGAGAUGAGGAACAAAAGUGCAGAAAUUGUUGUUGACACCAGCCUGCUACCAUUUCCUAAAGACGACAAAUAUCUGUGGAGCUGUCAUGGCACGUGUUUGUCCCCAAAUGGCUCCUUCUGUGCGGCGGUCUUCACACCAUCAUCCAGGUUCUGCCAUCUAGAAAUGAGAGAACCAGUAAAGCUUCAAGUCAUUCAUGUGGAAGAGAAGGAAAUCAUCCAUGAGUAUGCAGGGUCGUUAUGUAGGGCCGGAGAUGUGUUUGAAGCCUACAGACAGAGUAUAUGUUGUGAGGUCGACCCCCAGGACCUCCUGAAGGAGCAUCGCCUCAACAUCACCGACCUCAACGACCAGCCCAUGAAGGCCCUCAAGAUCUACAGAUUUUUGUUUCUGGUCUUGGAUAACCUUCUGCGAAACACAAUUGAUGAGGAAGAAGAGGGUUUUCAGCCAAUUUCUAAAGACAUUGAAAAGUUCACAGAUGAAAUUCAUGGCCGCUUAAUUAAACAAAGAUUUGAAGACAUCAACAAAUGCAAAGGAAAGCUCUCACAGCUGGAGCAGAAAAUCGUGACCCACAUGUGCCAGUGGUUGGAGCGAAGUUCAAAUGAGACUUUACACCAGUACGCUGAGUCGGACGUUGUCAUCAAAGUCAUGGGCCGCGUGAUGGACCUCCCACCCUCCGCCUGCACCAUCUGUGAAGAGAGUCUUCAGAUGGAUCCCUCCAGCUGUAAAUGUGUCAACGGGCAUACAUUUGGUGCGUGUUGUUUGACAUUGCUGCCGUGUGACCAGAUCCCGUACAGGAAGUGCCAGACCUGUGGCGCCCUCUCCUUGCACCUGGAGCAACUGAAAGAUAUAACCUGGCUGGCCGCCGACCUGACCCGAUGUGCGCUAUGUGAGGGACAGCUACUCUGAUUGGUCAAACACUGCAUGACCAUCUCGAGCUCUGUAACCUGGACAGUCGUCCAGAACCAUCUUGAACUCUCUAGCCUGGACAGUGGACCACGAUCAUGACCACCUGGAACUCUCUUGUCACAGUCGUCCAGAACCAUCUUGAACUCGCUAGCCUGGACAGUCGACCAUGACAUGACCACCUGGAACUCUCUUGUGACAGUCGUCCACAACCAUCUUGAACUCGCUAGCCUGGACAGUCGACCAUGACAUGACCACCUGGAACUCUCUUGUCACAGUCGUCCAGAACCAUCUUGAACUCGCUAGCCUGGACAGUCGACCAUGACAUGACCACCUGGAACUCUUGUGACAGUCGUCCACAACCAUCUUGAACUCGCUAGCCUGGACAGUCGACCAUGACAUGACCACCUGGAACUCUCUUGUGACAGUCGUCCACAACCAUCUUGAACUCGCUAGCCUGGACAGUCGACCACGACAUGACCACCUGAAACUGACUCAUCCAGCACUGCGACGCCUGGACAUGCCCGGGAUCACUUCCAGUGGGUAUCCAAACAGCUGAAGUGUCCACUGCCCAUGCAUUACCAUGGGAUUUCUGUCCACAGAUGUGGCUGCUGGCUUGAAGGCCAAACAAUCAACCGCUGCUUGGAACUGUCUGGAGAACAGUCCAGUGUAUCAUGCUUGUCCUGUGAGUGGACAAACAGAGAGUAGUCAGACUCUGCAACAUGGCUGGAUGACAUUGCCUUGACAUGGAUCUGUGCCAAGGGGCUGAUGUUCCUGGUACUGAGGUGCCAUGAUGACUGACUGUGACAUUAAACACACUGACUCAACCUUUGUACUUGGUGGUGAGUUUCAAGUAUAUCCAUACUGAGAUAGACAGACAAUAAGACUGCCAUGGACCCGUGAUGAUCCGAGAUAGAAUAGGUCUGCAGCAAUCAAUGCUUGCCGUAAAAGGCGACUAUGGUCAGGUUCACCGACUUGGUUGAUGCAUGUCAUCAUAUCCUAAUUGUGUGGAUCAAUGCUCAUGGUGUCAAUCACUGGAUGUUUGGUCCUGAUUCAAUUACAGACUGUCAUCAUAUAGCUGGAAUAUUGCUGAGUGACGCGUUCAGCAACAAACAAACAAAUAAAACUGCCAUGUCUGUAUUGGGCCGCCCUUGGCGGAUGUCCUAGAUCUGUAUAGAUCCCCAUAUCAGUCUAAGGACUGAGAAUUGAUGCAGUGCAGACCCUUUUACCAACAUGCAAAGAAAAUACCGUAUAUCUACCAAAUAUUGGUGACAUGGUAUUUCCGGUGUUACGUGAUGACAGUAAUGUCUGGGAGCCUAUAGAGGACUGCGUGUUUGAGAAAAAAACAUUGAAAAGCCCCUUAAUUCUAGGUACAAAAAACUCGCCUUAUACUCAGCGAUAUACACCAAAAUUACAACAUUCAACAUUGUUUCAACAUUGUGCGACUUUACUCAAUAAUGAACACAUCAAGUCUAUUUGGUAGGAAAACCUCAUCAUCUGUUGUCAGGGAUGCCAUUGAUGUUUUGGACUUGUGUUUCGGUCUGGUUGAUGAUGCAAUAGCAUUCUGCUGUCUUCAGAAAUGGAACAAAUGUACAAAAGGGACUUGCAAUAAACCAGAUAAACAUUU